ACACGAAGACAUUUUUUUUUCCCGCUCUGAUUCCGACCGCAGCCGCUGUAAGUCGCUAUUGAGCGGUAGAUCCCUCGAGCGGGGCUGUUUGGUGGUUAAUGUUUCAGCGCCUCCCUCCCCCGUCGCUUUCUCCGGUAUUUUUCUCUCUCUCUCAUUGAGUCUGUUCACUGGAGUGUUGGUGUGAGGAGGAGGAGGAGGAGAAGGGGGGGAUAUCAUGGCGGUGCCGGAGUGACUCUUAGCAAAACCCCUGGACCACGCUUAGUGUCUUUCUUCUUUUCCCCUCUUUUCCUCCCUCUGACUCUCAGAAGCGAGUAAUUCCACCCCCACCCCCCUCCCCUUCGUACCGCAAUUUCCUUCCUUUACAUCCCUUUUCAGUUUUCCUCUCUCCUCUCCCCCACUCUCAUUCCUUCUCUCUCUCUCUCCCCAUCGGCGGGUGGCACGGCGGCUUUCUAUCUCCUCCUCCCCCUCGGCUUUUCCUUUCUAUCUCCCAACAUCGGAUUUAUGAUUCCUGUCAUUUCAUCGACAUGCAGCCUCCUCCGAGAAAGGUAAAAGUUACUCAAGAACUGAAAAACAUCCAUGCUGAGCAAAUGACUAAACUUCAGGCGAAGCAUCAGGGGGAAUGUGAUUUACUGGAAGAUUUGAGGACUUUUAGUCAGAAGAGAAUUGCAAUUGAGAAGGACUAUGCUCAGGCUCUUCAGAAGCUGGCCACCCAAUAUCUCAAGAGGGAAUGGGUUGGAUUAAAACUUGAUGAAAGAAGUGAACAUAACAGGAGCAUGCUUGCAGUGUGGAAGUCCUAUCUUGAAGGAACCUUGCACUUGGCCCAAUCUCGAAUCAUAGUAUCUGAAAAUUAUAGGAAUCAGAUCUUGGAGCCUGCUAAAAUUGUAAAAAGUAUUAAAGAGCAGCAGCUGAAAAAGUGCAUUGAUCAGCUGACAAAGAUCCAGACUGAAUUCCAGGAGACUGUGAAGGAUCUGGCAAAGUCUAAAAAGAAGUAUUUUGAGCUGGAACAGAUGGCUCACGCAGCGCGGGAGAAAGCAGAUAUAGAGGCCAAGUCUAAGCUUAGUCUGUUUCAGUCAAGAAUAAGUUUACAGAAAGCAAGUGUAAAGUUAAAAGCACGACGCAGUGAGUGCAACACAAAAGCUAACCAUGCUAGAAAUGACUAUCUUCUUACACUGGCAGCUGCAAAUGCACAUCAAGACCGCUAUUAUCAAAUAGACCUGGUAAACAUGAUGAUGGCUCUUGAUGGAAAUUUCUAUGGCCACCUUAAAGAAUACUUGAUGGUGUUCAACAGAACAGAACUUGAGACCUGUCAAUCUGUACAGAAUACAUUCCAGCUGCUAGUAGAAACUUCCAGUAAGGGAUUGCGAGAUUACAAUCUACAGCUUUUUCUCCAAGAAAAUCCAGUAUUUCAAAAACCUCAGUCAUUCCAGUUCCAGCCUAGCGACAAUGACAUGAGUUUUAAUACAGUGCAGCUUGUGGACAUAGACCUCUCACCCAUCAGCACUUUGCGAAUGACUUUAGCAGAGAGUCGGCAAUUGGAGUAUGAAUCUGGGACCACUGAGGAGCACAGCCUUAACAAGGAAGCUCGUAAAUGGGCAACACGUGUUGCACGAGAGCACAAAACAAUCAUCCAUAGUCAGAGGACCUUGGAAGAUCUAAAGGCUCAUGGAACUGUAGUCUCAGAACAAGGGCGAAUUGAGUUGGAACAAAAAGUAGAAGAGGCUAGAGAAACUAUCCGGAAGGCAGAGACAGUUAAGCUAAAGGCAGAAGCACGAUUGGAGUUACUGAGACAGAUUGGGGUUGCUGUGGAUACAUGGUUGAAAAGUGCCAUGAAUCAAGUAAUGGAAGAAUUAGAAAAUGAGCGUUGGGCAAGCCUCCCACCACUCGCCAACAAUGAAACUGUGCACUUGGGAAGUCUGGAUCUUGAGAAGGAUGAUGGUGAGGAAUUUGAAGACAAUAUGGAUGUAUUCGAUGACAGCAGCUCAAGUCCUUCUGGCACACUGCGCAUGUAUCCCCUUACCUGCAAGGUGCUCUAUUCAUAUAAGGCUAACCAACCAGAUGAGCUCACUAUUGAAGAACAUGAGCUCUUGGAAGUAAUUGAAGAUGGCGACAUGGAAGACUGGGUGAAGGCAAGGAAUAAAGCAGCUCAAGUAGGAUACGUACCAGAGAAGUACCUACGGUUUCCAACCUCCAAUAGCCUGAUCAGUAUGCUACAAACUCUGGGUUCCUUGGAUGCACGAUCUCAUUCCUCCAGCAACUCUACAGAGCCUGAGUUAGUAACUGGUGGCAUUAAUGGAGAUUCCAGUGUUUGUUUUGUGAAGGCACUUUACGAUUAUGAGGGGCAGACUGCAGAUGAACUUUCAUUCCCUGAGGGAGCUAUCAUUAGGAUACUGAACAAAGAAAAUCAAGAAGAUGAUGGCUUCUGGGAGGGCGAGCUUAAUGGCUGCAUUGGUGUCUUUCCUUCUGUAUUAGUAGAAGAACUGGCAGGAUCUGAGAAUGGUGACUCUCAGUGGAUUGGAGACGCACAGGUAUCUCCAUCCUCAAGACCACAGGCCAGUCUUCCUUCAUUACCAUUGUAUGAUCAGCCACCUUCCAGUCCUUUCAGCAGUCCGGACAAGACAGGAUCGCAGUCCUUUCCCAGAUCGCCAUCAGUAACAGAUCAUGAAAGCUUAUUAGUAGAAGCACCUACUAAUCCACAACCGCAGAGAUGCACACCAGAAACUUCAGUUGGAAAAAUCCGACCGGUACGGGCUGCUCCACCUCCGCCUACCCAGCAGCAUCGCCGAAAAACAGAAAAGACAGAGGAAGUAGAAAUAACGCUGGUGUAACCAACAAAUCACCUUUGUGUAAUCAGACUUGAGACUGAAUUAUUUCAGCAUUUUCAGUUUCAGAUUCCUUUACGUUUUCUGCCCCAUCAGUGCAAAGGAAUCUGCAGUCAAGGAGCAGUGGAAGACAACGGAAAAAGGCAGUUAUGAAGUGCAGAUCAUGAGGAAAGUCGGCGUUCCUCCUUUGAUUUACAAAAUAUUGUGCCUUUGUAGCCACUAUAUCUUUCUGGCCAUUUAAAUUGGGCCAUAUGUUUUUUUCGCCCUUUUUUUAGUUCAAUGAGAGGAAUACUGCUUGACCAAUCUAACUUUCGAUGGGUCCAGUCCUGUUUCUGUCCUCUAUUUAAAAGACAUUUAGCACACUGCUUCCUCUGUCCCCAAUGCAGCAGAGUCUGGUACUUCUGUAAUUAUAUGCCUAAGGUGCUGUGCAGGGCACAGUUUUGGAUCAGAAGCAUAUGUUUCUCUGGUACAGCUCCAGUACAUAGCUGUUGAUUUCUGUAUCAGUGCCUGUAGUGCCAGGUACAGAUAUGAUUGUUAUCAGUCAAUCAUUCAUCAUUGUUUUGAGGCUAAAGAAUAUAGAUAGAAGUAAAGUUUCUUUUAAAAAAGGCAUAAGGCAUGUUCUUCUUACAAUUUAUAUUGUACAUUCAUUAGCACAUUACUGUAGCCUCAAGGUUGAACUACUUGUAAGACAUAUCUCCCUUUAGUAUUAAUCCAGUCUGUAUACAUGUAUUCAGCUGUAAUGUGCAGUAGUGUAAAUGGACUAGAAAAAUUGCAGGGAUUGGCUUGAGUAAGGACUGAAAUUCUUUUAAGAGGGGCUGGUUCCUCUCAGUAGUUCCAGUGCAAAGAAAGAGAAACAGACAAAUAAGGGAAUAAAUACAAAGAAAUGCCUCUAUCUUAACUCAGAGUCUUAGUUUUCCAUAAUUGUGUAUGACUAAUAUUUAUGCAAUAUUUCUAGUCAAGAAAGAAAAGACAUUAUGGCCAUGUUAAAAUGGAAAACUUUAUAAACAUAUUUCCAGUGAAGCUGUAGAGCAUGAAUGCUCUUCUGGUAAGUGGAAAGGAUUUGCUUGUCUUCUGGGGGUUAUAUUUUCCUUCCUCUUAGUUUAAAACAAACCCUUUAAAAUCACUGGUUUUUAAAUUGCAUAUAUUCGUUAACUCUUGACAGACUAAUUAUUUUUUCAUUCAAAAAAUUGACAUUGUACUUCCCCUAAAUAUUAAUGACAGUAUUAAGCUGGAAGAGAGGCAUUAUUGAUUGCUGAAUAAUGCAACUUCAUGAUCACAGUAAGCUAUUCGACUUGUUUCUUGGGCAAAUUAAUUAAAUAUUUAAUUGCCACAUUUAAAUAGGGUUGGCAGGUUUGAAGUUUAUUGGUUAAAAAUACAGGAAACGUAUCUCCAACGUUAGUGAGAAUGAAUGUUUAAAUUGCCUUUUGCUAGAGCACACUUCAGGUUUCUGAAUUAUAUGCACACUUCAGCUUUUAUUUCAUAGUCCGGGGUUUCAGAUUUACUAUAUUGAAUGUACUAAAGGGUUAGAAAACUGGAAAAACAGGACUAGAAGUUAAGAGUAACAUUUCAAUUGCUGCGAACUAAACACUAUAUGAAAACAAUUGCAAGUUAUUUAUUAAGACUGCUAAAUUUGAGUGACCAAGUAGCAGAGAUGACGCAGUUCAAAAAUUAACUUUUCAGAGAGUAUGCUCUUGAAUUAUCCAAUUUAUUAGACUAAACUCUUCAAAUCUGAUGACUGGCACUUGUUCAAAUUCUGUUAUCUCUUAUCUUUCCCUUUUCACAAUAAGAGUGCUAUUUGCUAGUGUUAUUCUUGUAUACCAAUACUGCUAGAGGAGAAACUGAGGUUAGCAAUUGCAUUUUUGAAUUCAACUGCAAUAUUUGGUUAUUGAAGCACAUAGUAAGAACUUCUAAACCAUUUCACAUUAUCUCCAUUUGAGUCCUGCAUCUUGACACAGUUGCCUUAUAACAUUAAAGCAAAAGCAAAACCAUAGUGUUCAAAAACUGCAGUUCUACCUACCUUAUAUUAAUCUUCCAACAGUUAGGCAAACAUUAGAAAGACACUUACACUUAUGAUCCACCUUGCUAUUCAACUCUACCCUUUCAAACCUAGAAACCUAUUUUCCCUUAUUAAAGCUUGGUUUGCAUCACUUCAACCAAUAAAUGUCCUGGAAAUUUGUUUUUAAAUACCUCUUUUGAUUUGUUAUUGCAUACCCUCUAGCUUGGAUUUAGCAGCCAAUUCCACUUGUGUUUUUCCUUUCAAACAGAUUAAUUUCUAUAGUACAUAA